AUGCGCGGUGACAGUCUCUGCCCGAGCCGCGCAUCUGUUUCCUCGGCGGGUCCAGUAGACUCCGACAGCACGGUGGAAUCCCAAAACAAAGGUGGUGGGCUGCCGGCGCCAGCACCCCCGGCUCAGUGUUCCGACCACUGCUCUGUAGUCGUCCCAGAGAGCAAGGAUAUGCCGGAGGAGUUUGUGGUGACCGCGCUGCUCGCGCCCUCACGCCUCUCAUUGAAGCUGCUGCGAGCGUUGGUGAUGAGCCUGGUGUACCUGGCUGCGUUGAUGGCCGCGUUUGUCUAUAGCUGCAUCGCGCUCACCAAUGUGUUGUGCCGCCCUCGCCGGGGCUGCUGCGGCCGCCAGAGGUUGUCUGCUCCAGAGUGCCUGAGAGACCCUACGCUGGGCGAGCAUUGCUUUCUAACCCUCAGGAGUUCCGGCCUGCGUUUGCACUAUGUCUCCGCUGGUCGUGACGGGCCCCUCAUGCUAUUUCUGCAUGGCUUCCCAGAGAAUUGGUAUGUCUGGCUGCGAGAGUUCCAGAGCCGUUUCCAUGUUGUGGCUGUAGACAUGCGUGGUUAUAGCCCCUCUGAUGCUCCAAAGGAAGUGGAUUGUUACACGACUGACUUGCUGUUGGCUGACAUCAAGGAUAUCAUCCUAGGCCUGGGGUACUCCAAGUGCAUUCUCGUGAGCCACGACUGGGGGGCCGGCCUUGCCUGGGAAUUCUCCAUCUACUUCCCAUCCCUAGUGGAUCGGAUGGUUGUGGUCAGUGGACCUCCCAUGUCGGUGUUCCAAGAAUACGCAAUUCGCCACAUCAGCCAGUUAUUCUGCUCACACUACAUGUUCCUGUUCCAGCUUCCCUGGCUGCCGGAGAAGCUGUUGUCUCUGUCUGACUUCCAGAUUCUCAAAACCACACUCACUGACCGCAAGAGAGGCAUCCCACGACUGACUCCGUCUGAACUUGAAGCUUUCCUUUAUCACUUCUCACAACCUGGAGGCCUCACUGGGCCCAUCAACUACUACCGGAACAUAUUCAGGAACUUCCCCCUGGAACCCAAGAAGCUGUCAACACCCACACUGCUGCUGUGGGGGGAAAAAGACUACACCUUGCAGAAGGGACUGGUGGAAGCCAUUGGAAGCCAUUUUGUUCCAGGCCGGCUGGAAAGCCACAUUUUGCCAGGCGGUGGGCACUGGAUUCCACAGAGCCAUCCUCAGGAGAUGCAUCAGUACAUGUGGGCCUUCUUGCAAGACCUGCUGGGCUAGAAGCCUUAUUUACCAGCCUAACAGUCAUGAGGAAGUGGAGGCACAGGUAUGUUCAAGAUUCAGCCUCGCCCGUAAUCUGCCACCACCGCCAAGGAAGGCAUUGCUGCUAAUGGUGUAAUGGACGUCAAGACUGUUUACAAAAGUGCUAAGGACCUACCUCAUCCAUGAGGUACUUGGCCUCCGACAAGUACCAAGCCCAUCUCUGUGUGCUUGCGUCCAACUGUGAUGAGCUGACGUAUGUCAAGUUGGUGGAGGCAUUCUGUGUUGAGCAUCAAAUCAACCUAAUUAAGGUUUCUGAAAACAAGAAACUAGGGGACUGGUAAGGUUCAAAACUGAGGGAGAGGGGAAGUCAGGUAAAGUGGCUGAUUGCAGUUGUGUAAUGGUAAGGACUAUGGCAGAGUCUGAGGCUACGAAUGCCAUUGGAGAGUGCCUCAGAGGCAAAAAUAGGAAUAAGUUUUGGCACAUUUUC